UGUGGGCGGGCCCCGCUAAAGAAGAGAGCGAGCGAAACACGACACUCCGAGGACGGAGAGAGGCACGGGGGGGGAGGAGAGAGUGAGCGCCGAGUGGUGCGAGAGUGAGUGGAAGACUGAAAAAGUCCGUGAAGAAAUAGAGGUUCCUUUUUAACAUUAAUUUCUGUCAGAGAAGAAACGCGGCGGAGAGAUGUCAAACAGCGACGAAGAUGCGGUUGAGACGGAGUAAACAGCUACCGGACAGUUAGCGAAAGAAGUUGUUGGAAGACGAGAGAAGAGGGAGAGCGACGCUUUUCGCUUGGCUCGAGGGACGGUUGACCGUUUUUCUUGAGCAACUUGAGUAGAUUUGAGCUUUGCGAGUUACGGGACCAGAGGAUCGACGAGGUGCGGGCAUAAAGCAAGCCCUUCGGUAGAGAGCUGGUGGAGGACCGCACCGACAGAGACAGAGAGAGGGGGGAGAGAAGCGUGACGGCGGCGGCUUGAAGAGAAGAGAGAGCCGCUGGAGCUGAAGCUGUAAAAGUUUGCCUCGUAUCUUCGGCUGGUUCUUCACAGAUUGGGAAGCAGAGCGGGAGGAAGAGGCCGAGUGACUGACUUUCUUUCCACAAGCAGCUUCGUGGAAUUUUUCCAGUUUAGCAAACUUUAGCUGUGCUGCCGAGCUAAAGCGGAAAGAAUGAAAACACCUGGAGAUACUGGGUUCGCCUUCCCAGAAUGGGCUUACAAGCCUGAGUCAAGCCCCGGUUCCAGACAGAUCCAGCUGUGGCACUUCAUCCUGGAGCUGCUCAGGAAAGAGGAGUAUCAUGAUGUCAUCGCCUGGCAGGGUGACUAUGGCGAGUUUGUCAUCAAGGAUCCAGAUGAAGUGGCUCGACUCUGGGGGGCCAGGAAGUGUAAACCCCAAAUGAACUACGAUAAGCUGAGCAGAGCUCUGAGAUAUUACUACAACAAGAGGAUCCUUCAUAAGACCAAAGGAAAAAGGUUCACCUACAAGUUUAACUUCAACAAACUGGUUUUGGUCAACUACCCGUUCAUCGACAUGGGCUCCACUGGAAGCAGUGUUCCUCAGAGCGCCCCUCCUGUCCCCACCGGUGCAGGAACCCACUUCCGCUUCCCUCCUUCCACACCCUCUGAAGUCCUCUCCCCUAAUGAGGACCUGCGCAGCCCCGGGGGCAUGUUCAGCUCGGUGGCCCGACGAAUGGCCCGCGGCUCCGUCAGUGACUGCAGCGACGGCACCUCUGCCAAUUCUGAGAUUGAGGAGGGUAACACAGGAGCAGGAGAGGAGAGGGGGGAGAGAGGUGUGAGUGUAGGAGGAGGAGGAGGAGGACCUGGUGGUGGUGGAGGAGGCUACCGGAGCAUCAUCCACCCCCGUUUGUCUACUCAUGAAGCUCUGUUCCGCAUGUACGGAGGGCCAGGUAACCCAGGUGGCCAUCCAGGCUCACGUGGACCCGCAGCACACCGCAUCCACCCAGAGCCCCUGUCUCCCUUCCCCGCGUCCCCUCUGCCAGGCCCAGGAGGAGCAAGCCUCCUAGCCCCACCUCUGUCUCCGGCUCUCUCCAUGACCCCCACAUCUCACCUUCCCUACACUCCCUCACCCACCCUGUCGCCCAUGUUAGGCUCACACUUCUCUUUUAACCCAGAGGACAUGAAGCGCUACCUGCAGGCCCACACUCAGUCAGUGUACAACUAUGGCCUCAGUCCCAGAGCUUUCCUCCAAUACCCCAACAUUGUCAUCCCGCAGCCCCAUCGGCCCGACAAGGCUGGUCUGACAGAGAGAGGAGUGGCCGAGAGAGCAGAAAGAGCCACGACUGCAGGGGGAGGUGAAAGGGGAGAACGGCACCACCACCCACCUCUGGGUCACGCCACCCACCAUCAUCCGCAUCCCCCUCCUCACUCUGCCCACCCUCACCCCCAUUCCCACCCCAUGCAUCAUCCACUUCACCUUGGUGAGGAGCCCCCGCACAUGUCCCCCUUCAAGUUCAAGCUGCAGCCGCCUCCCCUGGGCAGGAAGCAGAGGGAAGGGCAGAGCCAGAGUAAACCCAGACAGAGCUCACUGUCCUCAGGUUCAGGAUCCGGUUCCAUGUCCUCUACCUCUGGCCUGGGCUCCUCGCUGUCAUUUGGCAGUGACCUGAGCUCAGCCAGUGGCUCAGGGCUGAUCUCCGCCUCCUCCUCAACGCAGUCUCUUAACAGUGCGGGACUUCCCAAGAUAAAGGUGGAGCCCAUCUCUGACAUAGACUCAGAGGAGGAAGUGGAGGUGACUGACAUUAGUGAUGAAGAUCCAGAUGAAAGAGAUGAGGAGUUUGAGCUGUUCGCCCCUCGCCACCCCAGAGCCUCUGACCACCACCACCUUGCUAACGGCUCAGCCCGGACCCAGCAUCAACCCCAUACCGAUGAGGACCUGGACGAGGACGUCUUCAAAGCCCCCGCUCCUCCUCCACCUGGCCUGAUGCCUUUCUUCACCUCGCAGCACACACUCUCCAGCGUUCAUCGCAUGCUACCCACCCUCAAGAGCGAACCCAUCGAGCCCGGGGAGAGUAACACGCCCCCGUCUCAGCCGCCCGUGGCGGGAGCUCCCCAGACAAAGUGCAUUCCCCUCAAGCUGCGCUUCAAGAGGCGCUGGAGCGAAGACCAGCGCAUGGAGGCUUCGCAGGAGGAGUCGGAUGAUAAAAAAGUACGACCAGAGGAGGAGAGGGAACGAGAGAUGCAAAGUAAUGGACAGAUGGAGAUUGAGGAGGAUGGGAUGGGCAGCGGAGAUGGGGACAGUCCUCCUAUGUUGGCGUAUGAAGGCUCUUUAGCAACACCUCUGGCCUCACACAGGAGGGCGACUGCUGAGCUGCAUCGUGCCACUGCACAGCUGUCGCUAGAGAAUAAAGACUGCUGAUGAGAGCCUCGGUCCAAACACUACUGCUCCGGCAGGGCAGGAGGUGGUACAGGAGUAUGUAAAUGGUUCCUCUGCAAUCUCUCUCCCACACUGACAAACUGAGAGUACAGUUCAACAUACACAUGAAAGUAACACCUCAAAGACAGCACAACACCUUCUCAUGUCAGGGCACCAAAUAUGGCCACUUUGUCAGCUGCCAGUGUCAUCGACGAGUACGCGCGAGGUCUCCUUUGGUGUCCGUGUUAUAGUGUUGAAUGCCGAAAGUGUGACAACGUUGUUGUUUUUUUAGUUUGUGUUUAUUUUUAGUCAUUGUGUAACACACAGACAGUGUAAGCAGUACAUAGAAAGUUCACAGUAGUGACUGAACCGGCUCAGACACAAGCAUGUAUUGCAGUAAAGCUGCACUACCCUCCAAAAAGAAGGCGACAUUUGUAACCCUCAGAAAUAUCAUUUUAGAUCAUUUGUUUGAAAACCAAAAGCAAAUUAUAAUUUAAAAAAAAAUUGAUGUCAGCAUUAUUCCAACAGCAGCAAUGCACCAUUAUUCCUGCAGUGAAAAUAUAAAUACCUCUUAAAUCGAGUUUGAUCUUUACUUUGAAAAACACCCUUGUGCACAGGCUCAGAGUGACUGUGAUUUUGCUUGUUUGUAUUUUUUCCGGUACAAGACUGAGAGGCGAGUGGUCGCGGUGAGGGGAAAGUACAAGAUUCUCUACGUCCUGUCCUGUUUGGUUGCUGUCUGCUUCAUUUUCAGUUGCUGUUUGUUUAGGUUUAGGCACCAAAACUACUUGCAGAAAUGGGGUUAGGCACCAAUGCCAAAGGACACCUUGUGAGUAUCUCUGCAAUGCAAGCAGCUCUAAUUUUUCUUAAAAAGGCCACUAUUUGAAACCCUGGACCAACCAACUCUUGCCUGUUGCUGUGGCAGACCUAAAUCUGGAUCCUCUAUCUAUCAGUCCUCUCUCUGGAUCAGGGCUCUUCUUGGACACAUCAUUGUGUAGGAAGGACUCACUCAGACUCAGCCACACCAGGCACAGUGACUGUAACUGGGCUGAAGUCAUCAAGUUCACCUCCUACCAGAUGCCCUGCCCCGGUAGCACAGCUCUCCUACCUUCAGACCCCCAUCAGUAGGAUCAGCAGCCAGUCAGCACCUUCCUCAGGGGACACACACACACACACAUAUACAUACACACACUCCCUAAUGACGAUCCAGGAUGAUGAUGUGCACACCCAUGCCACUUUUUUUCUACAAGCCGACGGGACUUUAAGUGCCUGUAUCUAAAACCUUGCAUCACUGGAGGGAAAGUGUGAGGGGAGGAGGGCUGCUCCAAGUAAUCAUGAAACCCCUGUGAACAUAUUAGUUGGAUAAAAAGGAAAAAGUCUCUAAGACUAAUACAGGCAGGGGCUGCUGGGUGUUGUCUGACUGACUCUUAAAACUGGCCCACUCCACUCAGGGAAGCCUAUUGCUGUAUGUUUAUUGGAUUCAUGCACACAAACACACACAAGCAAAAAAAAAAAAAGAAAAGGCCAACAGUGAAUGGGACUUGGUGGACUAAAAAGUGUUCAC